GGAAUCCAACCUGCCCAACAACAAAAAAUCCUUCUCACAGUUUCUUGUUUGGACCUAAAAAUCGAUCCUCCUCCUGUGACACUACGAGAUCUACACACAUCUCAAGUCUCCCUUAUCCUAUUUCCCGAUCUGAACAAAUUUCACCUUUUGUUCCUUCGAAAUCAUUUUUGAGACGGAAAAGGCGACACCUUCGUCUCCGGUCACGAGCCGAGCCGGUCUUCGAGUAGAAAUCUCGAGUGACAAUUCCACUGUGAUGCUUUGACUUUUCCCAAAAGGAAGUUGACAAUACAGCCUUUGAGGCUCCACUUUACUCAUUCCUUUUUUAUAAUCGAUCAAUUGCCUCACGGGGGAUUCGCCAUGGACGAAGCUUUGCGCUGCUCUAAUUCCCUGUUUUCUCUGCUCGGAUUCUGGCGUCGGUGUUCGGUCGCUUAAAGGGUUACAGUUCCUUCGAAUUCCUCGGAUAAAGCUUCUAGGGUUUCAUUCGCCUGAGAAAUCUCAAUUCCGGGUUUCAAUCUUGCUUCGGAAUCCAUUCAGCUCUUGCGUAGAGAAAUGGACCAACCCUUUUCAACCACCUUCAAAUCUCUUCCCCCCACCGUUGAUUCCGUGAAACCAAGCUUGGAUACCAUCAUCAACAACUCCAACACUUACGCCGGCGAAUUUAGCCCCGAGGGAUCUGUUGGUUUUCUUGAUGUUUUUGUUCACCAAGCUCGCGACAUACACAACAUAUGCAUCUACCACAAGCAGGAUGUUUACGCCAAGAUCUGCCUCACCAGCGACCCUGAUGUUACUGUCUCGACCCAAAUCAUCAACGGCGGAGGGCGCAACCCGGUCUUCAAUGAUAAUCUCCGCCUCCGCGUGCGGACGGUGGAGUCAUCGCUGAAAUGUGAGAUUUGGAUGCUUAGCAAGGUGAAGAACUACCUCGAAGACCAGCUGCUGGGAUUCGCACUGGUGCCGCUUGCCGAUGUCCUUGUGGCCAAUGGCAAGCUGGUGCAGGAGUUUUCCCUCUCAUCCACUGAUCUUUUCCAUUCCCCAGCUGGUUUCAUUCAAUUGUCUCUCACUUAUGUUGGUGCAUCGCCGGACGUCAUGGCCCUUACUGCGGCACCGAAAUCAAUGGCUCCUGAUGCCACAUUGCCGGAUGCAGAAAAUGAGGACAACAUUCCUUGUGAGUAUGAGAAAAUCGAAUUCCCUGACCUGAAAGUUGUCAACGAGAACCAGAUGAUGAUUUCAGAGUAUUAUGGGAUGCAAUGCACCAGCAUGGAGACACAGUGUUCCGAGAGCUUGAUCACUCCAGAGAAUGGCAACUGUUCGAAUGAGGAAGCAGGGGUUCGUCUUGUCGAGAGCUUCUCCUCUGCUGUUACUAGUUUAGAUCCAACUAGUAGUCACAAGAUUGACACUCCUGUGAGCAACGGUUCAACUACCGAGUCUACUUAUGUGCUUUCGGCCAUAUCUUCUUCUACCUCCCAUGCUCUCUCUGCCACGGUAUCAUCUCCCAGCCCGGAACACAAAAGCCCACAAGUCACAGAAGGUGAGGCUGAUUCUUCUGCACAGCCAAACGAUACAAUUAUGAAGCCAAUCAUCAACAUAAACAUCAAGCCAGAGCAAACAGUGGUGCAGCAGGACAUCGUCGAUAUGUACAUGAAAAGCAUGCAGCAGUUUACAGAGUCACUGGCCAACAUGAAACUCCCUAUGGACGUUGAUGAUGAUUCUGCAACUGCACAAACUGAUGAAACAGUUAGUUCAGACAAGAAGCCUCCGCCGUCAAAGGGGACUGGUUCAAGAGUCUUCUAUGGGAGUAGAGCAUUCUUCUGAUCUUACACCCGUCAAGGAUCUGCAGAUGACUCUUAGAGUAGUUCAGAUAUAGUUGACUGUGUGCAUGACAAACUUGCUGUUAAUGUUAUGUUCUUGACGAACUUUCUGUAAUCAGAUAUCAAGUAUCCUUAUAUACUAACAAAAUAGAUCUUAUCUUCUUAUGAUUAGA